AGUGAUCUAAUCAAACAACAUAUUAGAAUGAGGUUGUGUUUGUGCUUAUGGGUGCUAGCGUUCUGCAUUUUGGCCUCUGAUCUCGGGGCCUUGGCUGAUGUUCGUUCACUCAUUAGCAAAGACCUAUUUGAGCAGAUAUUAAAGCAUCGUAAUGAUGCUGCUUGCGAAGGCAAAGGUUUCUACACUUAUGAAGCUUUCGUUAAUGCUGCCAACUCCUUUGGCGCCUUUGCAACCACCGGUGAUACCAACACUCGUAAAAGAGAAAUUGCUGCCUUCUUGGCUCAAACUUCUCAUGAAACUACAGGUGGGUGGGCCAGUGCCCCCGAUGGCCCAUUUGCAUGGGGAUAUUGCUUCAUCAGAGAAAGAAACAAUCCAGGAGCUCAUUGUACUUCUAAAGAUUGGCCAUGCCCUCCUGGUAAACAAUAUUAUGGUCGCGGACCCAUCCAACUCACACACAACUACAAUUACGGGCAAGCGGGUAGGGCCAUCCGGGCGGAUCUAAUAAACAACCCGGAUUUGUUAGCUACUGACGCUGUGAUAUCAUUCAAGACUGCUUUCUGGUUCUGGAUGACUCCACAGUCACCCAAACCUUCAUGUCACGCUGUCAUCAUCGGCCAAUGGAAACCAUCCACCACUGAUACUCAAGCGGGUCGGGUCCCCGGUUAUGGGGUCACCACCAACAUUAUCAACGGCGGCAAAGAAUGCGGCCAAGGCUCCAACUCAAAAAUGGAGAAUCGGGUCGGAUUCUACAAAAGAUACUGUCAAAUUCUGGGAGUUGACCCUGGCAGUAACCUGGACUGCAGUAGUCAGAGGCCUUUCAAUGCUUAA